AGGAGGUGGCUGACAAAAAGGGACAGCAGAGCAAGCUUCCUCAAAUCAUACAUAACACCCUAACCAUCCCCUGCAUUGACUUAAAUACUUCUGGUGAAGAACUUAAGAUAGAUCUUCUAGUGAGUAAAAGGAAGUUGGAAGGGGGAUUGCCACCUCUGGUAUAUCACCCAAAGAAAAACUGAGCAACUUGCCAUUAUUUUGGAUACAGCAAGAAAAGAACAUCUCAGAACUGGGGCCUCAUCCUUCGGUUUUUGUUUUGUUUUGUUUAACACAAGAAAAAAAAAGAAGAAUUGUUCUUCAGCAAGUUGUGAAAAUAAAUCCACAAUUUUUUAUAUUCAGGAGUUUGGAGACCCAGGUACACCGUCCACAGUGUUUUUGCAAACAUCACAGGAGAACCCUCUGUGUGAGGCAACUGAAUUGUCUUCUGCUCCUGCCUGGUGCUUGCUGGGUGGGAUCCAGGUCUCACUUGGUUUGAAAUUGUUUUCGCUCUCUACCCUAAGCAGCAGAAGCCAUGGGUCACCCAGCGAAGUGGAGACCACCACUACUCAAACACCCAUAUCUCAAGCUCUGUCAGCUCUUGAUACUAGCUAGUCUUUUUUACUUCUGUUCAGGCAUCAUCCAGGUGAACAAGACGGUGAAAGAAGUAGCAGUACUAUCCUGUGAUUACAACAUUUCCACUGAAGAACUGAUGGAAGUUCGAAUCUAUUGGCAAAAGGAUGAUGAGAUGGUGUUGGCCAUCAUGUCUGGAAAAGAGCAAGUGUGGUCCAAGUAUGAGAAUCGCACCUUCACUGACUUCACCAAGAACCUCUCCAUUGUGAUCCUGGCCCUGCGCCUGUCAGACAAUGGCAGAUACACCUGUAUCGUUCAAAAGACUGAAAAAGGGUCUUACAAAGUGAAACACAUGACUUCGGUGAUGUUAUUGGUCAGAGCCGACUUCCCUGUCCCUAGUAUAACUGACCUUGGAAAUCCAUCCCGUAACAUCAAAAGGAUAAUGUGUUCAACCUCUGGAGGUUUUCCAAAGCCUCACCUCUCCUGGUUGGAAAAUAAAGAAGAAUUAAAUGCCAUCAACACAACAGUUUCCCAAGAUCCUGAAACUGAGCUCUACGCUAUAAGCAGUGAACUGGAUUUCAAUAUAACAAACAACCAUAGCUUCGUGUGUCUUGUCAAGUAUGGAGACUUAACAGUAUCACAGAUCUUCGACUGGCAAAAAUUUGAGCCACCCCCUCUUGAUAAUCUGCUCCAGCUCUGGGUCAUCCUAAUCCUAGUAAUAAUUGGGAUUGUUGCGAUCACUGCCUUUACAGGAAGCUGCAUAGCCCACAGGCUCGCUACAAGACGGAGACAGGGAAAGAGGAAUGAGGAGGGCAUGGACAUGGAAAAGAUCUCCCCUAUCCUCACAGGCCCUGCCCAAGCAUCCGUAUGAGCAGAACACCUGGAGGUCCCACCUCCAUCUUAGAUUGACCUCUUUGAAUUUCCUCAGAUGCCAGGAUUAUCCCACCUUGCACUUCAAACAUCUGUUCUCUAGGAGCCUUUUCAUUUCAGUGGCCCUGAAAAAAGUGACCAGAGGAAUAUGGUGGGGACAUAAGUAGCUCUGGUAACCUUAGUCAAAGAAUUUAGAAACGAAGAUUUGUUCAGGUCUAGAAGAAACAUUCAAAAACACUUGACUCGCUACUGACAAGGACAUCAAGGCCCAGGGGGUGACAUGAAUUAUCGAUAAAGGCCUGAGCCAGAACCCAGAUUUCCUGUCUCUGGUGCUCUUUUCCAUCAUUAGUCUGACUCUGUGCUAUAUAUAUAUAUAUAUACAUACACCAGUCAAAAUGGCUCUGGAAAAUGAAUUUGUCCAAUGUCAGGUCAACUUGUGAGACUUGAUCUGAUCCAACACUGGAGGAUUUUGUUGUUGUAAAAAGCAAUUUGAUGUUAAUGCGUGGGUAGUAUGCCGGUAUGUAAACCAAUGUGAGGCUGAUGGAAACGUUACUGGUGUUAGCCAGCAUUUCAUUCCUCAUUGUGCUCUCCUCUGUUGCACUCCCACUUCUCCAUCAGGUUCUGGAGAAAGUAGAUCUAUCCAAAACUAAUAUCCUCUAACAUGUAAGAUGAAUGACUUACACACCUCAAAGCAAUAGUCAGGUUGGAGAGGGAUAGGUUGGUUUAAAGAGUCACAUCCUACUGGUUCAUAUUGGACUGAUAAUCUCCUUAAAUGGCUUUAUGCUAGUUUAGCCUCAUUUAUAAAAUAUGAGAAAGUUCUCAUUUAAAAUGAGAUAGGUUUUUAUGGUGUAUUACUGAACAGUAAGCUGUCUUUAGAAAUCGAUGGAGGUAAUGAAAAUAGCAUUCCAUAGGGCUUCCUUAGAUCCCUAAAGUGGCUUUUCCUCCUUGGUAUUUCUGAUCCUUCUGGUAUCAGCAGAGAAUUGAAAAGAAAGAAGUGGCCAACUGCUGUUCCUGUGUUACCUGCUCAUGACUCCUCUUUCUCUGAAGUUGUCUUCUACAACUCAAUGGACCAGGAGGUGGACCUGACUUACGGGGGAGCAAUCAGACAUUCUCAUUUGGAAAUUUGAUGCUGGACAGCAAGUUGACCAAGUUUCUCACAAGUGGCGGGCUGUGUUUAAAACAUUUAAUUUUGGUAGCUAUAAAGGGACCACAUUAUGCUGCAUAGUCUAAGGAGCAGAAGUACACUUUUAAGUGGUUGCUCUCAGAACAAAAUCACUGAAGGAAAAAAAAAGUAGGAGACUGUCAAGAACUUAAAGCAACAAAACAAACAAAAAAAAUGGGAAUUGCUGCAUUUAGUUAAGAUUAAUAAUCCUUAGAUAUGAUCAAAAGGAGACCUCAAGAAGUAGUCACAAAACAGAACACGCCUAAGAGACAGCUUAUUUAUACUUAAAUUAUAUUACAUUACUUAUUACAUUUGAUAAAUGUGUUAGUACUGUUUUUUCAAAGAGUUGUAUUUUUAUUCUGAUAUUUUUGUGAUAUGAAUAAAAUUAUUUUUAAAACCAA